GUGGAGAGAUGGACGAUCGAGAAGAAACUGGGUGAAGGUGGUUUCGGUGCCGUAUAUCGGUGUCGAGAUGGCACUGGUCAAUACGCGCUUAAAGUUGAAGGAGUGGCCGAGCAGAUUCAGGUUUUGAAAAUGGAAGUCUACGUGCUGACAGAGUUGACAAAACGUGGCUCACGACAUUUCUGCAGAAUUGAAGACAAGGGAAGAUACGGGAAUUUCAAUUAUGUGGUUAUGACCCUUGUGGGUAAAUCGCUACAAGAUUUAAAUAGGGGAGGACCUGGAGGGCACAUGACGAUCGGAUGUGCGAUUUCAUGCGGAAUCCAAUGCUUGGAAGCUCUUGAAGAUCUUCAUAAUAUCGGCUAUCUUCAUCGUGAUGUGAAGCCCGGUAACUAUACAAUAGGACGUCCUGAACUUCAGGAGUUACGUAAGGUGUACAUCCUUGAUUUCGGUAUGUGCAGAAAGUUCACAAAUGAUCAGGGAAUUAUCCGCAAACCACGACAAGCGGCAGGGUUCCGUGGGACCGUGCGUUAUGCUCCAAUAUCCUGCCACCUUCAAAGGGAACUCUGCAGGAAGGAUGACUGUGAGACAUGGGUAUACAUGCUGGUUGAAUUCACAUACGGCCGUCUCCCAUGGAAAGAAAUUCAGGACAUGAAUCAAGUGGGCGAGUACAAAAAGCGCGUUCGUCAGCCUAUGUACAUCAUGGAGCUGUUUCCACCGCCCUGCCCACGAGAGUACAUUGAGAUACUGCAAUAUAUCGACGGACUGAAGUAUUACGACGCACCCAACUAUCAGUUUAUUUACGGAACUAUGCGGCGGGCUCUGGCAUCUUGUCGAGCGCAGGAGUUUCCUUACGACUGGGAACCAGGAGGACCGACAGCUUACAUACUUCAUUAG